AUGGAUCUAUGCCAGGUAUUCGAUCAAGAACUUGAUGCACUGGAAAUCCAAACUGUUCAGAAAGAAACUAUCCAUCCGCGCAAAUCAUACAAAAUGAACAGCUCUUGCGCUGACAUACUUCUUUUCGCCCAGUACAAAUGGCACGUCUCGCGACCCUCUUUGUUAGCCGAUUCAAAAGAUGUGAUGGACAAUACCACCACUCAGAAGUAUUGGCUGGAUAUUCAGUUACGUUGGGGUGAUUACGAUUCGCAUGAUGUGGAGCGUUAUGCGCGGGCGAAAUUCCUCGAUUAUACCACCGAUAAUAUGUCAAUUUAUCCCUCACCAACAGGCGUCCUGAUAGCCAUCGAUUUGGCUUAUAAUUUAUACAGUGCUUAUGGCAAUUGGUUCCCUGGAAUGAAACCACUGAUUCGUCAAGCAAUGGCUAAAAUAAUUAAAGCAAAUCCAGCUUUCUACGUGUUACGUGAGCGUAUUCGUAAAGGCCUGCAACUGUAUUCAUCGGAACCUACCGAACCCUAUCUCACCUCACAAAAUUACGGCGAACUGUUCAGCAACCAGAUCAUUUGGUUUGUCGACGAUACGAAUGUCUACAGAGUGACCAUCCACAAGACAUUCGAAGGUAAUUUGACAACAAAACCGAUCAACGGUGCGAUUUUCAUUUUCAAUCCGCGUACCGGUCAACUUUUCCUAAAAAUCAUCCAUACCAGUGUAUGGGCCGGGCAAAAACGUCUCAGUCAGCUGGCGAAAUGGAAGACAGCAGAAGAGGUGGCAGCAUUGAUUCGUUCACUGCCAGUGGAGGAGCAACCACGUCAGAUCAUCGUAACACGUAAAGCAAUGUUGGAUCCACUGGAAGUGCACUUGCUUGAUUUCCCGAACAUCGUUAUCAAGGGCUCCGAACUGAUGCUACCCUUCCAAGCAAUCAUGAAGGUUGAAAAAUUCGGCGAUCUAAUUCUCAAAGCAACUGAGCCACAAAUGUUUUUGUUCAACCUUUAUGAUGAUUGGUUAAAGGUGAAAAUUUUUACAUACUUUUUU